AUAUGGCACUUAAUUAAUAUUCAUGCAGCAGGAAAACAAUUAUGUUUAUAUUUGUGUUUUGCCUCUUUGAAUUUGUGUCAGAUGUUAGAGUGAAUGUGAAGACUAUUGAAGAACACUCUCUGGAUUUAGUUGCGUUUGGUCCUUAUGUGAAAGUUACAGCCUGACAGUACGAUUUGGCUGUGGUUCCUCUUCUUCUUUUACAGACCAAAACACAACGGCCUUUUUCUGACCUUAUGAGGCCUAAUAAACCUGUGAUGGAACGUCCCAAAACAUGUCACAAGAAUCACCUUGAUAAAAAGCCUGAGUGAGCUCAAAGCAGCAGAAUGGAUGUUUCACCGCCAAGCUGGACUGCUUUCAUGAUUCUCUGUUUAACCUCCAUCAUACAUCCCAACUGGUGUCUUUUGGAGGUGGACUGUAAGGGGAAACUUACGGUGGACCCUGGCCCACUGGUGGAAUGGGGGUCCUCCUUGAGCGUCUUCUGCCAGAUCAACGAGUGCAGCGCAACUCAAAACCCAUUCUCCAUAAAGCUCAACCAACAGCUGCUGCACCCUCUGGAGCAGAACUGCUCGACAGCCAGGUUCCACAUAUCCAACAUGACUGACUUGAAGUCCACUCUGGUUUGUUUAGUGGGGGUACAAGUGGUCUGUGGCUUAGACCUGCGAUCUGGAUGUAGGUUGCUUUAACUUUAACUUUAAGCUAAAGCUGUGUAAAUAUAUGUUUACUUUAAGUAUUAGAUUCAAUUAAUAUUAUCAAAAGGUCAAAAUUAUCCGAAUAUCUGGAUGCAUUUUUACUUAUGCCGUUAAAUGAAUCAAUUUCAGACACAUUCAUUUGAAAAUUAUUUGUAAUAUUCGUCACUAAUAAUUACGCCUAUGUAUCCCAAAUUACGCUGUAGGCUAUGUAGUAUGGACAAAUAUUUCAUGAAUUAAUUCAUUGAGAAACAUUAAUCGAUUGAAGAAAUAUUCAAAGAAUGAUGAUCCAACUGCUGUCAAGUCUGAGGGAUGUGUGUCAUGUUUUCCUUCCCAGUUCACCCAGCCAAAGCGACCCAGUUCAACUGUUUCACACCGAUAAAGUCUGCCACCAUCAACUGCUCUUGGAUGACAGGAAGGGAACCCUUCCUUCCCACAGACUACUCCGUCAUAUUCAGCAGUGUAAAUGGAAGCAAGUCUUUUACAUGUCAGCACCCAGGCUGCAGCUCCAUCACCAUACCACGAGCUAGCUUCAGUGAGAGAGACAAGUAUGAAGUGCACGUGAUUGCGCAAAACGCCCUGGGAGUCUCCACCUCUGAUCUCUUCACCUUCUCCGUCAGAGACAUAGUGAUCCCCAAUGCCCCCAGGAUCACAGGGGUCAACUUCACUCACAUCAAUGGCUCCUGUUUCCUUAUGAGCUGGAGCAACUCAGACUCUUCCAAGCAUGUGUGUCACCGCAUUCACCUUGGCAGGGAGCUGAUCUGGGUAAGGCAUUGACAUGGUGCUCAACGUCUACACCACACUGUACAGUUUCUGUUUUUAUGACGUACAUAUUUAGCCUCUCAUACACAGCCAUCCUUCUCCAUUGUAUGCCCCAUAAUUCACAUUUUCCAGAAGUUCCCCCACAGCAGUGGAGCUAACAUGAUCGUGAUGUGUUUUUUGUUCAUGUAUCAGGUGGGAAAUGCCACCCAGAGAGAUGGUGGUGCAGGUAGUGCACUAAUAGAGGGCCUGAAGCCCAUGACUACGUACCAGAUUGAGUUGAGGGUGUGCACCCCAGUGCCCAAGCCAAAGUGCAGCCUGUGGAGUGAACCCGUAGUGGCCGUCACCCCAGGGAUUGCACCAGCACAUAAGCCUGACGCAUGGAGAACCGUUGGCCACACAGAGGAGCAUGGCGUUCAGAAUGUGACCGUGUUCUGGAAGCCCAUGGAAUCUCAGGAUUUCCGAACGCUACAUUAUGAGGUGUCGUACCGGCAGCACGGCCAGAGCCCUGUCCCUGUCCCCUGUCCACUCAAUGUCUCGGAGGUGCAGCUUCAGCUACCAGCCCAAGUGAAGGAGCUCACCCUUACUCUCGUGACAUCAGCGGGGAGGUCCCCCCCUGCCUCUCUGAGUCUAACCCACACAAAUGUUCCAGCUCCUGUAGUGACAGUCUCCUCACCACAAGAGGGCAGUGUGUUUCUGUCCUGGCUUUGGCGAAUGAAGCCUGAGGUAACAGGGUUUCCACUGGGAUAUGUAGUCCAGUGGCAAUGCAAGGCCUCUCAGGUCCAAUGGAAACGACUGUCCAGAGACUGUAACUCAACAGAUAUCAGUGGUUUGAAACCAGGCUGGAGAUAUGAAGUGUUGUUACAUGCUGAGACCACUAGAGGGCUCUCUGAACCUGCCUUAGUUCAAGUGUACUCAGAGGAGAGAAAGCCGCUGUCGGGACCGAAGGCCUUUAUUCUGAGCUCUGACUUAAAGCACAUUCUUAUCCGAUGGGAGGAGCCUACCCUUGAGCACCAGAGGGGGUUUCUCACCCACUAUACCAUCUACAUCCGCACGCAUGGCACUGGGAGCUUUAAGCCAAUGUUUAAGGUUGAGGCUUCAUCUACAAGAGAGAAGUUACUGGAGACUCUGGACACUGGCUUUGACCUUUGUAUAUCGACCUGGAACACUGCGGGAGAAGGACCUAGAGGGGAUUCUGUCACCUAUCUGCAGCAACGUUCUCUCAAAGAUGGAGUGUUUGUCGGGAUUUGGGUGGUGGCUGCUGUUCCCUUGGUGCUUGUAGCCAACCUGAUGUGCUUGAAAUGUGCUCGUAGAAGAAUAAGAGCAGCGUGCUUAAUGGUCGGACCAGUAUGGCUUUUUGAGAAAUUUCCAAAGGUUGGAAAUAGUAAUGCCAUCAAAUUACUGAAGGACGAGAGGUGCGGCUCAGACUCCCUCUGGAUGUCGGUGUGCAGCGACAGCGACCCGCCCCUCUCCCCCAUGGAGGACAUCCCAGAGCCCGCCGCCCCGAUGUUCCUCUUCACCUCCAUCCACGCCAAAGAAAAAGGCCCGGACGUCCGCGUGGCCAAACCGGAGAUUGUGGAUCCUUACAAACCGCAGUGGGAAGACUCGUGUGAAGUCAGCGCCACCCUGCUACCUGGAACCCCUGAGAUGGAGCCUGAGGAGGGCACAGAGGAGGAGCGCCCCAUCUGGGAAUGUCUCCCACAGCCUUCCUGUGGGACGGAUAUUGGGCUUGGUGACGUGACCCUAGGAGGCUUUGAGAGGCUAGGUGUCACAGGGGACCUUCUUAGCCUCCUGGAGGACAAGCAAAGGGGGGCGGAGUGGCACAUGAAUGAGAAUGGUGGCAUGGGGGAGGUAGAUGGUUUCUCAUUGGCCUUGCUGACUGAGGGGCAGACUGUGUUGCCCAAUAAGCUGCUGAGCUCCCUGAAGGGGGAGAUGCUGGAGUCACUGCAGAUAAACCCCUACUCUCCUCAAGGAUGUUGGUUUAACGUUGCACAGAAUACUUAAUGGAGGCUUUAGGACUCAGAGAACUAGAGAGACCUCUUCACAGGAGAAUGUACUUUGCCAUGCGGGCACUUUGUACUGUAAAUGUACAAAGCAAUUUGAAUUGAAAGCAUUAUGUCAGACUGUAACUAUUGUGCCUUAGCCAAAAAGUGCAUAAAGGAUGGUACCUCAUUGAUUAAUGCCAUAAUAAUUCUACAAGACAGUGCUAUGUAUCUGACUGUCAAAUACACUUGACACUUUUCACCUCUGCUUCAUGUAACUGGAAAUGUUAAAGACUAUAUGAGCGAUAAGCACUCUGAUCUUAUUGUGUAUACUCAGACUACAACCUAUAACCUCAUCUCAGACUUUUCCGUGUACCUUUUUGUAAGUAUAAGAUUGUGCUACCCUGACGGAGGGUUUGAGUAGUCAGUUUUGUUUCUCUCUGUCUUCAUCUCUCUGUGAUGACCUCUCUCUUCCCGUUAUUUAUUUCCCAUUCUAACACAUCUUACUUUUCUAUUUUGCCAAAGGAAAAUCAUUCAUGAAAAACACAUUUAUGAACAGGCCCAGAAGUUUUCUCUUAAAUCCUCUCUGUAUAAAACUUUUCAAGCGUUUUCUCACAGAUGCAUGUAUGUUUCUGCAGAUGUCAUUUGGUGGUGAUAACAUCUUUUUGUAUCCCUUAA